AUGCCUCGCUCUCUCGAAAUGCUCCUAGACGAUUAUAACCUCGCUCUAGGCGUCGAGUCCCCAAAUCCUAAGCUCAUCCGCCCGAGACUAGACGCCAUCUUAAUCCAUAUCUUAUCCGUGGUGAAAGAAGCGCGACAAAGGUCCGAGAAUAGAAAUAUGAGAGGUGGAUCUCAAUCCAGUAGAUUCGGAAUGUCUGCCAUUCUGGACGCAGUUUCCUGGGGACCCCGACACAGACUUUGCAUGGCGCACGACUUUGAGGGGUGUAGUUACAUCGUGGGCUGCACGGUGGACUACGCUUUAUGGUACGGGAGCCGACAAGACCUCGAGACCAACUUCAUCGUUGUCCGAAGCGACGUGCUAAUGGAGGAUGAGUGCUGGAUGCCUCUUGCAGCUAUGUCAAUAAUUCACUACGCUCGAAAGAAAGCCGGGAGGAACGCGGAAAUAUACGGUAUUUGUACAGAUAGUUACAAAUGGACGUUCUUGCACCUAAACAGCAAGAGUCAGGAAGCUGACGAAGGAUAUGCAAAGUACUCGUCGCUCCACUUGGACUGGACACAAGGUCAACAAGAAGAGAUCGUAAGCCAGAUUGCCAAGAUCAUAAAGCAGGCAAUUAAGAUUGCUAUAUCAGAAGCUCAAAUGAACCGACGGAAAAUGACCGUGAGCCAGAUGACUGGCUGUAUGGUUUUGGAGUAA